CUCCACUCAGGGCCCCAUGCAAGCCCCGCCCCCGCGGGACUCCUGCGAGCUCUCGCGAGGUUUGACGCCACGGGGUUGGCCCGGGCGGCUGCAAUAUGGCGGAGGCGGAAGGCGAGAGUCUGGAGUCCUGGCUGAAUAAAGCCACCAAUCCUUCCAAUCGCCAGGAGGACUGGGAAUACAUAAUUGGCUUCUGUGAUCAGAUUAACAAAGAACUUGAAGGGCCACAGAUUGCUGUCCGACUGCUAGCCCAUAAGAUCCAGUCGCCGCAGGAAUGGGAGUCUGUCCAGGCCCUGACGGUGCUGGAGGCAUGUAUGAAGAAUUGUGGGAGAAGAUUUCAUAAUGAAGUGGGCAAGUUCCGUUUUUUGAAUGAGUUAAUCAAAGUCGUCUCUCCAAAGUACCUGGGAGACAGGGUGUCUGAGAAAGUGAAGACUAAAGUUGUCGAGCUGCUCUAUAGCUGGACGUUGGCCCUGCCAGAAGAGUCAAAGAUAAAGGAUGCCUACCACAUGCUGAAGAGGCAGGGCAUUGUGCAGUCUGACCCACCGAUCACUGUGGACAGGACACUCAUCCCGUCUCCGCCACCACGUCCCAAAAACCCCGUUUUUGAUGAUGAGGAGAAAUCCAAGCUUCUAGCCAAGUUACUGAAAAGCAAAAACCCAGAUGACCUGCAAGAGGCCAACAAGCUCAUCAAGUCCAUGGUGAAGGAGGAUGAGGCAAGGAUCCAGAAGGUCACCAAGCGCCUGCACACCUUAGAAGAGGUUAACAACAAUGUAAAAUUACUCCAUGAAAUGCUGCUUCACUACAGCAAAGAGGAUUCCUCAGAGGCUGAUAAGGAGCUCAUGAAGGAGCUGUUUGAUCGGUGUGAAAGCAAGAGGCGGACAUUAUUUAAACUAGCCGGCGAGACAGAAGACAACGACCGCAGUUUAGGGGACAUCCUGCAGGCCAGUGACAGCCUCUCUAGGGUCAUCAGCUCUUACAAAGCAGUUGUUGGAGGGCAGGUCAGCAACGGUGACAUAACCAGUUCAACGCCGCCAGACUCUGAAGGAAACCACUCCGGUAACCAAGGCGCUCUCAUCGACCUUGCUGGGCUGGAUGCUCCAAACUGCCCGUCCCCAGCGCAGGGUCCUGCGCCUCCUUCCACGGGCAUCCCUGUCCUCCCGCCACCCCCCCAGCCCUCAGGACCUGCACGCAGCCGCUCAUCCAGUCAGGCCGAGGCCCCCUCGGGCCCCAGUAGCACCAGCCUCUCGCUGCUGGAUGAGGAGCUGCUCUGCUUGGGCCUCGCGGACUCAGCUCCCAAAGAGCCACCUGGAAACAGCCAGUGGCCCAUGUGCCAGAAUGAACAGUUGGACCUGGACUUCUUCAGCUCCACAUCUGGGACUGCCAGUUGCAACCCCGCAGAUGGGCCUCUCCUCCUGCCCUCAGCACCGUCCUCAGGCAUUUCCCAAGCUCCACUGCCAACACCCAUCCCAGUGCCAGCCAGUGUUCCUAUCCCCACUGCAGGGUCUUUGUUUCCUACGGGACUGACCCCAGCUCCCACCCCAAAGGCUGAGCCCAUAGCUCCUGGCUACCAUGGUCCAGCCGUGGGUGAUGGCACCCUACACCAGCUGGACGCUCUAGAUCAGCUUCUGGAAGAGGCCAAAGCGACCUCAGGCUUGGUGAAACCUGUCUCUUCUAGCUUCUUCCCUGUGGCCACUUCAGUGAGGCCUCUCCUCCCCUUCUCCACAGGGACUGGCAGCCCUCUCUUCCAGCACCAGGGUAGCCCUGUGAAGGAGCCUGAGCUCUCCCUGGCCAGUGUCCAUGUCCCCCUGGAAUCUAUCAAGCCUAGCAGUGCCCUUCCUGUGACAGCCUAUGACAAAAAUGGCUUCCGCAUCCUCUUCCACUUCGCCAAGGAGUGUCCACCAGGACGGCCUGACGUGCUGGUGGUGGUAGUGUCCAUGCUGAAUACAGCUCCCUUACCUGUCAAGAGCAUCGUGCUGCAGGCUGCAGUUCCCAAGUCAAUGAAAGUGAAGUUGCAGCCACCGUCUGGGACAGAACUCUCUCCGUUUAGCCCCAUCCAGCCACCUGCAGCCAUUACCCAGGUUAUGCUAUUGGCAAAUCCACUGAAGGAGAAGGCAAGGCUUCGGUACAGGCUGACCUUUGCCCUGGGGGAGCAGCUGAGCACAGAGGUCGGUGAGGUGGAUCAGUUCCCUCCUGUGGAGCGAUGGGGGAACCUAUGACCCUAGGGGAUACUGUCACCUUCACUUGGAAGCCCAGGCAGGUUGCCACAGGACAGAAGCCUCGGGGGCCCAGUCAUUCUCCAUGUCCUGACUGCAGUGCUUACAGCUUUGAUGUGGAACAGGGGCCCUGGCCAUUUCCAGGAGCCAAACUGCUGCUGUGAUAAUCUAUCUCCUUUGACCCCCUCCUCCCCCAGAAAGGACCUGAUUUUAUCUACCUGUGUGACUUGACAGCUACAUGCUGGUGGAUGGGGCGUGGCUCUGGAUUCAUACUGUAGUUUUGGGAACUCAAGACAAACGGGAUUGUCGCUGCUCUAAAGGUCCUCAGCCCGUCACUACUGUGUCCCUCUUGCUGGGAGGCUCUUAGCUCUGGAAAACUAGGCAAAACCCAGUGUGCGGACAGGUCCAGGCACAGAGAGGAGCUGGUGUCCAGCUAGCUCUCCAACCCAGCCUCCCACGAGCAACAUCUUUGCAAUGGUCAUUGGAUGGUCAGCGGUGUGCUUGUCCCUGGCAGCUACAGACUGUGUCCUAUGGACAUCUCAGUGGGAUGUGAAACUGGGCCUAUCGGAAAGCACUUAGCCUCAUGGCAACUAAAGGAGGGAUAGGAACAGACAGAAGAACCAGUGUUUCCCCUUUUUCUAGAAGCAGGGACUCUGGGAACUUUCUUCCAGAUGUGUGCCUACCACUAUGGGAAUAGGCCAUCCUACUCACUACCUCUUGCUUGGCAUGAAAUAAACUGCUGUCCUGUCCUUCAAGUCUCGGAAGGAAAGGAAGAAACCCAACACCUCUGUGUCCCCCCCCCCCCCCACCAGAUGGCCUGUGGCUGGGAAGAGGAAGCCUCAGGGUCAGGCACAUUGCACCAGACUGUGACCUUACUUGCCCCAGAGCUGAUCAGUGCUGUCGGCGAGAUGUUGGGUCUGGAGGUAGUGAGAUUAGGGGCCACGCUUGAUCGAGUCACCAGACCCUAUUGCUUUGACAGUGUUCAUCCCCAGUAAGUAGCUGGCUCCAUCUGCUGGAGCCACAGGAUCUCUGGGGAAAUUCCUUAGUAGCUGACUCUGUACCAAGAGAUCAUCUCACCAUCCAUGCCCUUAUCUUUAGCCAGCAGGUUUCUCUGCUUCAUCAGGACAACUCAAAAAUAAGGAAUAACUCCAAGGAUGAUCCAGAGACUGGCUGGGGCAGCCCUAGGAAGUCUAGGAUUACUGGGUGGAUAUAUAUAUACCUUUAUAGUAAACUCCAGAUACUAAAAUUGAGUGUUAAUCAUCACUAUGAUGGUCACUACUUUGUGACAAACACAGCUGUACAGGAUAUACCAACUCUGCUGCCCUUGUUGUGCUGCAUGUUAAAUAAAACCAUUCUUGCCCUACUUGGAA